AUGUCUGCCAUAGACGCCGACGGUGUGUGUGUGAAUGUUUUGGCUGCACCAGUACCAGACUCGACCAAGUCUCGCCAGGCAUGGAACCAGUGGCUUGUGGCAACGCGAGGAACAACAGUGACGCCCAUGAUUUAUGAGUAUGGCAUGGCCAUUGCGUCGGCAAAAGAUCGGGACAAGUUUAUGAAGGCAUGCAUUUUGCCCGAGGAGACGAAUCGUGCUGGCGCUGCAGCAGAGUCGUCAGUGCGAGAUGUGGUGGCGGAUCUCAGGCAGAAAUGGGAUCCAACUUACCAACUGCGCCCAGACACCGACUAA